AUGGCGCCCGUCGAGACCGCCGCUGCAUCGCGCACCAACAACCUGGCCGUCCUGCUCUUCGGCGGCCAGACGCUGCUCGUCGCCGGCCUCAGCGCCCACGUCCUGCUCACCACGCGUCGCGCCGCCCGCGCCCUGCCGCCCUCGACGCGCACCCGCUCCCAGAACCAAGCGCGCCGCCGCCAUGCGCGCGUCUUCUCUGCCAUGGCGCUGCUGUCGCUGGCGAGCGUCACCGCCUUCGCCGUCGUCUGGCGCGCCAUCUCCUACCUGCAGUGGGCCGAGCUGGGCAACCACGAGACCCCCGGCAGCCUGUGGCAGGGCUGGUACGGCACGGGCGACGCCGGCGCCCGCACUUGGCACCUGGCCGACUGGCUCAGGGACGUCGACCUGGUCGCCGAGUCCAACGCCGUCGCCGUGCUCAAGCCAGCGGGCUUCUACUACACCGCCCAGCACUUUGUCGCCCUGCUCGCCAGCGCCGUCUUCAUCGGCGUCGAGGGCCACCGCCGCAACCUCGCCCCCUGGACCGUCGCCUCCUUUGUCACCCUGGGCGCCUGUGGCAGCCUGGGCUACGCGCUCAGCCUGUUCUUCGUCACCAUCCUCUACACGCCCCUGACCGUCCACAGCGACGACACCCCGCUCCACGACGCCCUCUUCACCCCCCGCCCGGCCGUCUACUGGACUCCCAUCCUCGCCUCGCUGCUGGGCCUGCUCGAGUUCCCCAACUUCAUCCACCAUGGCGGCGACGUCCGCGUCCUGCGCCUGGGCUACCUCCUCACCCCCCUCUUCCUCGCCUUCGCCCCGCAGCUCACCCCGGUCGCCCUGGGCGUCUCGCAUGCCACCAAGGCGCGCGCCCACCGCUCUUACGCCACCGUCUUCCACUUCCUCGCCAUCAUCUCCUUCGUCUUCUACGCCCGCGUCUUCUACAUCAACAUGCGCGACUCCGUCCCUGCGCCCCCGCACAACGUCUGGGAUGUCUUCUCCAACGCACUCGGCCGCGACACCACCCGCACGAACCGCCUGCUCCAAGGUCUUGGUCGCUUCGCCCGCAAGCUGAGCAGCGUCUCCCGCCACCCCGCCCUCAGCGUCACCUCGCUCGACGUGCUCUUCACCGGCCUUUCCCUCCUGACCUGGACCUUCACGCGCGACCUGGACGUCGAAGCUCUCCUCUCCUCGAGCCUGCUGUCCUUCCUCGUCCCCAAGCACAAAGAGCACGUCCGCUUCUUCGAGCCGCUGAUCCACAAACUCGACGCAGCCACCAACCUGUCCGACCCGGCGGAGACCAUACCCACCACGACGCCCAAGAAGCGCGGCAGCAAGAGCAGCGCCGAGGACGCCGCCGCAACAGGCAUCCAAGCCAGCCCGGACAGCGCGCAGAAAAGCGUGAGGCGGAGCACGCGCCGCUCGGCCCUCGCCGCCUUCGACUCGGCCGUCGAGACCGUCACCGGGGCCAAAACCCCGCAGUCGCAGACGGUGCAGGCCUUUGCCGACGCGCACCCCGAAGACUCGGACGCAGACUCCACCUACCUCCCGGACGAGAAGACACAGCACGACGUCGAGCAGACCGAAGUCGACGGCCUGGAGACAGAGGGCGAUUACGCCGACGCUGCCGAGUCGACGGCACUGGCUCUAUUCCUCACCUUCUUCGGCGGACUGGGCCAGCUGGCGAGUGCAGCGCUGGGCGCCGAAGUCGCCGGCCCGCUGGAGUAG